UCUGGUAGCAAAGAAGUGUCGGGUAUUUUGUUUCUGCCCCGGAACCGGCCUGGUGCUGGGAGGAGGCGGAAGAAGGGAGACGCGCCGCGGUCUCGGUGGGGGUCGCCCCCUCCCGCGCGCCUGCGCCCCUCUUGGCGAGCUGGCCCGUGCCCUGCCUGUUCUGGCAGAUAAAGCCGAAAGGCCCAUUGGGGCCAGAAAGUGGAAAAUCAUAUGUGGACGCGGAGCUUGACGCUGGGCUCCGCGGAAUGCGGCGACACUUAAUUAGAGGCGAUGGCUCGGCGCGCGUCUCGGAAAGAGCCGCUGGGACAGGCCCUCCCCGGGGCCAGUGCCCGCCGCCCCGCCGGGACCCCGCCCCGACCGGCGGCCCCGCCCCCAGUCCAGGCCGCAGCAGCUGGUCGGGUUUGCGGCGGCGCGGCGCGAGAAAACCCCGCCUCUCUCAUCAUGAGUGUGGACAUCCACUACGAGCAGCUGAGUGACGACCAGUGGAGGGAGCUCCUGCCUCGGAUGCAGCAGCAGCAGGUGGUCAGGCUUGUUGACUGUGGCGUUACUGAGGCACGUUGCCAGGACAUGAGCUCUGCGCUCCGAGGCAAUCCCGCCCUGACCGAGCUGGAUGUCUGCAACAACGAGCUGGGGGAUGGGGGCCUGCGUGUGCUGCUGCAGGGUCUGCACGGCCCCACCUGCAAGAUCCAGACGCUCAGCCUCCAGAACUGCUGCCUGACGGAGGCCGGCUGCGAGACCCUGCCUGACGUGCUGCGCUCUCUGCCCACCCUGCGAGAGCUGUACCUCAGUUACAACCCGCUGGGGGAUGCGGGCCUGCAGCUCCUCUGCAAAGGGCUCCUGGACCCCCAGUGCCACAUCGAGAAGCUGCAGGUGGAGUACUGCAACCUGACGGCCGCCAGCUGCGAGGCCCUGGCCGAGGUGCUCAAGACCAAGCGGGACUUGAAGGAGCUGAUGGUGAACAGCAACGAGCUGGGCGAGGCCGGCGUGCGGGCCCUGUGCCGGGGCCUGGCGGCCUCCACCUGCCCACUGGAGUCGCUCAAGCUGGAGAGCUGUGGCCUCACUUCCGCCAACUGCCAGGACCUGUGCGGCAUCGUGGCCUCCAAGGCCUCGCUGCGCGAGCUGUACCUGGGCAACAACAAGUUGGGCGACGCGGGCAUCGCGGAGCUGUGCCCCGGGCUGCUGAGCCCCAGCUCCCAGCUCAAGACCCUGUGGCUCUGGGAGUGUGACAUCACAGCCAGCGGCUGCAGACACCUCUGCCGCGUCCUCAGGACCAAGGAAAGCCUGAAGGAGCUCAGUAUGGCCGGGAACGAGAUGGGGGACGAGGGCGCCCGGCUGCUGUGUGACACCCUGCUGGAGCCCAGCUGCCGCCUGGAGUCCCUGUGGGUGAAGUCCUGUAGCUUCACGGCCGCCUGCUGCCAGCACUUCAGCACCAUGCUGGCACGGAACACGUGUCUGCUGGAGCUGCAGCUGGGCAGCAACAAGCUGGGGGACGACGGCGUGCAGGAGCUGUGCACUGGCCUGAGCCAGCCGGGCACCACGCUGCGGGAGCUCUGGCUGGGGGACUGCGAGAUGACCAACAGCGGCUGCAGCAGCCUCGCAGCUCUCCUGCUGACCAACCACAGCCUCCGCCAGCUGGACGUCAGCAACAACUGCAUGAGUGACCCGGGUGUCCUGCAGCUGGCCGAGAGCCUCCAGCAGCCCAGCUGCACCCUGGAAAAGCUGGUCCUGUUUGACAUCUACGUGUCGGAGCACACGGAUGACCGCCUGCGGGCCCUGGAGGAGAGCAAGCCUGGCCUGAAGAUCGUCUACUGAGGCCUGUCCCCCAGCUCCCGAAACCCGCUCUGGCCCCUGACCUUGCCCCACGGCGGGGCCGGCCAGCUCCCAGGGCUCUCACUCCACUGUCUUAGCUUUGACUAGAGAAUCGCUUUAAUCUGUGAGGACAUUUUGGACACUUUUUAAUUAUUAAAGCACUUUUUGGAUAGGA